UAUUCACAUUUGAGGGGUUAUUAAUCCUCUCCUGCAGGAGAAAUCUUGCAUCACAGUGAAAUGCAAAGAUGGCAAGGUGAUGUCAGCAUACUGCAUGAUGUGAUGGCAUUUUUUGUACAUGCAUGAAUUAAUAAUCAUUUCAUCUUUGCUAAACUAUGAGGUUGAGAAACCAAGAUCUUGGCAUAUUAAAUUGAUGGCUAGCUGAUUUCAUGCACACAGUGAUGGGGCCAGCCUUGGCAUUUUUAACUCCAGGUCAUUGGAUUCAGGAUUGUUGGGUUCAAGAAGUUGACCUGUGAUAAUCUUGAUGUGAUAUCAAUCUCUCAUAUGUAGACAAGUGGCAUCUCUUGGUUCUCGACUAAGAAUCAGUACAAGAGAGAAGGAGGUUGACCUUGAAAGAAUUUAUAAGUGGCAGGUGUGACUGUUCCAUGCUUGCUUGAGUUCAUGUAGAUGAUGAGUCGAAGCAUUUCCUGCUAUCAUGUAGUGGCUGUUAUGAGGCCUGUACAAAGUAUGAGCUGUAGUAAGAUGAGAUUUAUGUUGCUACAAUCAAGAAAAAGCCUGGACAUGGUUUUUCGAAGGAGUUCAGCUGAUGCUCGAGUGCAGCCUCCCAUGGGUGGACCACCUCCCAGGAGAAUUGGUGCUUAUGGAUUUGCUCUUCUGUCUGUGCCAAUCUUGACCUUCUGCUUGGGAACAUGGCAAGUGAAGAGGAGGGCUUGGAAGCUCCGACUCAUUGAGGAGCUGGGACGAAAAACUCACUUACAACCUAUUGAGCUUCCUCUUGAGUAUAUUCUGGCUCUGAAUGUCAACAGUGAUCCUAUGAUGAUGAGGGAUAUGGAAUAUCGACCUGUGAGGGUGCAAGGACAUUUUUUGCAUGAUCAAGAGAUGUAUAUUCAACCGAAGUCCCUAAUAAAAAAAGGAGCAGUUUCAUCUGGUGGAGGAAUUGUCAGCUCUCCUCAGACAAUUGGUGGAGCUCUUGUCAUCACACCUUUUCGCCUUUCUGAUGGACAAGGGACCAUUUUGGUGAAUCGAGGGUGGGUACCGCGGAAACUGAUUUCACCUGGAUCCAGACAGAAAGGCCAAGUGGAAGGAGAAGUUGAGAUCACAGGCAUCUUUCGGAUCACAGAUCCUAGGCCUCCCUUUGCUCCCCAUGAUAACCCGGAUUCAAAGUUUUUUCAUCGCAGGGAUGUGGAGCAAAUGGCAGCCCUCAGAGGGACAUUGCCAAUUUGGGUGGAUGCAGAUGACAGAUCCACUGUAGAGGGAGGCCCUAUUGGAGGACAGACACUUGUGUCCAUACGUAAUGAGCACUUUUCCUACAUCAUCACAUGGUAUGUCAGAAAUGGAGAAAAACUUCCUAUAUCACCUAUUUAUACUUAUCCCCGCAUUGAGAUGGCAUCUCCUGUCCCCACAAUGGAUUCAGUGGAUGAUGAGGUCCUGUUGACAACACAUGCAUCACCUGAGCCAACCAAGGCUUCUUUCUCCAUGGGUGCUGCAGAAGAUUGGCAGUUGCCUCUCAAGUAUCGACGACGACCUCUCGAUGACUAUGAGAUUGAAUACAUCAAUAAAGGAGGUCCUCCAGAGCUGUAGAAGUCUUUUGAAGUCUAGUGCUGGUAGCUUUGAUUGCUUUAUUUAAGUGACAGAUCUGUAUUAAACAUAUAUUCGUCCAAGA